ACGCCCAGGCAACACUAAUGAAGGCAGGAUGGAGUUAUGGCGGUGGCGGCGUAAUUGGACCUCAGAGACACUGGAAACUUGCUCGCCAUCAUCAUCAUCAUUGGACAUUUAUUGUCCAAAGUGCAGCUUUGGGAUUUUCCAGCGCUUAUUUGGGUCCUCCGCAUUUGUGAUAUGAUUUUUCUAUAUGUGGCGCUCAGAAGGACGCCAUGUUUGAGUCCGUCUGUUUGAAGAGUGGAUGCUCUCCAUCAAAUAUGAAGACAAAUGAUACUUGUUAUGUUGUCCUUGUCUGUAUUGUUGUCCUCUAGCCAAAAUACCCCUGCACAAGCCCCGGGGGGUGAGAAGCGGAGGGACGGGGAAUUGUUACCUGGCAGCUGGGCCGCAAAGAUGUCGUUGCGCCCUAGAGAGAACACUCACCAUCACCCAUCAUGGAUAUUGCCGAUGCCAUCAGCUGAGGACAACAAGGGCAAAGGGCUGCCUAUCGAAAGGAAUGACUUGCUCAUAAAAACUAGUCACUCUAAAACUAUUAUAGGCCUAAGGAAUUAUUCAUACUGAGACUGGUAUCAAUGAGAGUAAAAGGCUAAAUUUGUGAAUAAUGUGUUAUUUUCCACAAUCGAGCUCAUCCCGGAAGCAGCGAUGUUCACACUUCAGUUUCUUGACAAACCUAACUUAGCUUUAAUUUUGAAAGGUAACGCGGAAGUGAAAACGGUUUUCGUAGUUUUUAUUAAAGCAGUUUAAAGCAGUGGUACCGUAUGAACGUUUUUUGUUCUCCCGGACUAAAAGUAUUCAUUAGGUCAGAGUUUAAUAUCAAGAAUGCUAACGACAUUGAAAUUACUCUCUUGAAUUGUAUCAAUUUCUUGAUUUUUGUGGCUUUGUCAACUGCCGUUAGUCCGUGACGUCACGAUAGCGGAAGCGCCCGGACGACUGGAUGAAGUUCCCGAGCAGUUGCUGACAAUGAUGGACUCCACGCGCAAUGACCAAACUCAGCCUGGCGACGUCGACAAGAAUCCGGGGGCAGCGACCGGGAAAGGAGAUGCCACGACGAAACUGAUGAACGUCAAGAAGAAAAAGAAGAAAACGACGAACGGGAGGAGGGGGAGAAGGAGGAAGAAGAAGAACCCGCCGAGAAUCUCCCGCUUGUCUGAUCACAACAAGACCCAGCAGGAACAGCAGCAGAGCAGUGUUUCGGAGCAGCCCUGCCGGGCAUCAGCCAUCAUCAGCAAGAAAGAGCUGCUGAGGUCCAAAUGUGAUCGCCUGGAGCGAGAACCAGUGCCACCAGUGUGUCUGGCGGCCCACAUGCUUCUGAAACAUGAGCAACUCAACGGCGCCGUCCUCUACGGGCACUCCUGCCGACGCGCUCCCAAACCCGGCAGGAACGACCUUUGCACUAAACCUCGUUUGGAGCACCUCACCGACCACCUCGAUGACAGCGAGAAAGUCUACGCCGGCGCCAGGUUCAGCGAACCCCCCUCGCCCAGCCUUCUCCCCAAACCGCCCGUCCACUGGGUCCGGAAGAACCCUAGUCCAAAACUCAAAAGUCGAAAACUAAUGAGCGACCACUUGAAGUCGCUUUUGAAGGUUCAAGAUCAAGCCUGACCGAGCCAGCUUGUUUAAGCAGCACAAAACACGGCUUCAUCUAAUCAAACAACGCCAGUCAACUCAGUCAGCGUGUCCCCCCACUAAGGCAGCUAUUGCUCAUUCAGGAUGACUAAAGUAUUUUCUUCAGCAUCCUCGUUAAUUCAGAUAAUUUAUUUGAGGGUAUUUAUUCCUCCUUUAUUCAGAUAAUUUAUUUGAGGGUAUUUAUUUUGUUGAGCCUACAAUGACAAGUUUCUUUUCUCUUGAAACUUUAUUAGUAUUUUGAUAUAAACAGAUACAUUGUAUGUGAUGGCAUGCCAAUACAUUAUUAUACAAGGUACAUUUACUUCUUUGUAA